AUGGAGUGUCAAAAGUGCAAAAAGGCGCUGCCCAAGAAGGGGGCACAAUUCAAAUGCACUGGCACAUGCCAGGGCACAUUCCACAAAUCUUGUGUCAAGGGGCUGGCGGCGGACCUCAAAGCGGGUAAAACAAGGUUAUACUGCAAUAAUUGUGGUGGCGAAGACUCGGACACGGACGAAAUCGAUGACACCAACAACAAUGUCUUGAAGGAGAUUAAUCAGAAGAUCAACAUAAUCAAAGACGUGAAGAAACAACUCAUUACUUUAACAGAGAGCAUGGAGUUUCUCUCUGAAAAAUAUGAAAUAUUGCUGGCUGAGCACACUCAAAGUAAGGAUAGAAUAGAAAAGCUGGAAAAAUGUGUAACAACUCUCAACAACAAAACCACUUACUUAGAAAAGUGCAAUGGAGCGCUUGAGGAGAAAAUCCAAGAAAUGCAGCAAAAAUCUCGUCAGUAUAACAUUGAAAUUGUAGGAGUGGAACAAUUGCCUGAAGAAAAUAUGAAAGACAUGAUGGAAAAAAUAGGAGCACUACUUAAAGUAAAUACAGAACACAUUUACAGCUUCAAAAGGUUGCUAUCACGGAACAAAAGCAAGCCUCCACCGAUCAUGGUAAGGUUCAGAAAUGAUGAUGAUGGCUAUGCAGCACGUGAGCUGUGGCUAACACAGCGUCGGUUGGUGAAAAUAGUAAGCAACCAGAUAACCCUAGGAAGCAGCCAGGACAGAGUGUAUGUCAAUGAAGACCUCACAAGGGACAUGCGUGACUUACUAUGGAAGGCGAAGACAGAGCUGAAGGAUAAGUACCAGUUUGUAUGGGUCCGCAACGGGCGAGUCUACGCUAAGAAGGACACAAAUGCAAAGCCACUGUGGGUUCGCUCUGAGAGCGACAUUGCAGAGCUCAAGGAUAAGUGA